AUGAUAUCUCUUCUUUCUCUUUUGUUAAUCCCUCAACUCGUCUACUCAGUCAACACUGAUCUUGUAGAUUAUAACAAAUUUGACUUGGACUCUGGAGUUAAAGAUAUAAUGUGGUGUGGAUCAAGUAACGAGAUGAUUUUGGUUUUGUCUGAAAAAGGAAAUGUAUACAGAUCAAGAGACAGAGGGGCGUCAUGGAAGAAAAUCCAGCAAGCUCUAACUCUUAGUGGGUCAAAGGUUGCAGAUGAGAAUCAAGAUGUAAGAAGAAAGAUAUCAUAAAUUAUUUUUAGGUCGGUGAGAUUAGGAAGCACGGGAAUCAAUUGGGUAACCGAGGAUUGCGGUGCUAAUGUUAGAGCUUUGAACUCAGGAAAGAGAAUCCAUGAGUUUUAAUUCCAUCCUACAGAGAAAUAUAUGGCCUUAGCUGCUACAUGGACUGACUGCUCAGAAUUCGGAGAUGAUCCCUGCAAGAUAUACAAAGAACUUUACUUCACAUAAGAUAUGGGCUAAUCUUGGAAAUUCCUCAAGGAAUACGUAUAUGAUUUUGCUUGGGGCUAUACAGCUUAAGCUCAAUAGAAUAAGAAUAAUAAAUUGCCAAAGGAACGUAUUUUCAUCACUCAUGAUCCAAAAGCCAGUGGUCACCAAAAUUAAGACAGAAAGACAUGGUCCCCAGCAGUAAAUUUGUACUACUCAGAUGAUUUUUUCAAGUCAAAGAAAUUAGCAUUAAAUAACGGAAACAGUAUAAUCAAGACUGAAUUGUAUAUGUUUAUAGCAAAGGCUAAUAUAAGAGAGUUUGUUGAGAUAUUUGUCUCAACCCAAGAGAAUGGCUUCAUUGAUUUCGAGAGAGCAAAGCUACCAGUCGAUGCCUUAGCCUCUAAAUCCUUUACCGUCAUGGACACAUCAGAGAAUUCUGUAUUUUUACACGUGUAAAAUCACGGACCUAAUACACCACUUGGUAACAUCUUCAUUUCAGAUGGGUUUGGCAGAAACUAUUCAUUAUCAAUUUCUAACGUACUUAGAGGUAUGGAAUUAGUUGAUUUUGAGAAGGUUAACUCUUUAGAAGGAGUGUUUUUAGCCAAUAAGUUCAAUAUUGACCAUUCUCAUGACACUGAAUUUGAUAGUAAAAUUGGAGGUAAAAAGAAAACUCUCUCAGAGAGCUAAAUUGUUUAGGAAAGAAUGAGUCAGUUGAAAAGAAAUAAAUAAAUUAACAAUAACAACAUCAAUAAGAAGCAAUAGCUAACUAAGGAAUCGUUUAUUAAGGAGGGUGAUGAAUUUGAGUUGAAAGAUCUCCAAUAGAGUAUUAGAACAUUCAUCACUCACAAUAAAGGUGGUAAAUGGGAAUUGAUAAAAGCUCCAGGGGAAGAUUCACAAAAUAAAAAGAUUAACUGUUAUGUAGAGGAUGAUUGCUCUCUCAAUUUGGAAAUAUAUUCUAGCAACGGUAAGUUUGCUCCACCUUAUUCUCAAGAGAGCAGUAUUGGUCUAAUCAUAGCUGUUGGUAACACUGGAAAAUAACUUGAGAAAAAGCAGCAAGGAGACAUCAAUACAUAUAUUUCAAGAGAUGGAGGACUUAAUUGGAUAGAAGUAAGAAAGGGUUCUCAUAUUUAUGAAGUAGGAGAUCAUGGAGGCCUCAUAGUUAUGGCUAAAAAUGAUGGUUUGACCAAAGAGGUUGUAUAUACCUACAACGAGGGACUCACAUGGCAUACUCUUGAAAUUUCUUCUGAGCCUUUCACUGUAACAAAUAUCAUUAUUGAACCAAACAGCAUAUCAUAAGAAUUCGUGGUCUAUGGUACUUACUAUGAUUUCAGUACAGAGGUCCCUAAAGGAUUUGUCGUGACAAUAGACUUUAAGUCAGUUCAUGAAGCUCAAUGCAAAGGUGCAGAUAGACCAGGUGACUCAGACUCUGAUUACGAGCUUUGGACACCAUUCGAUGGUAGACAUGGAGACCAGAAAUGCUUUAUGGGGCAAUAAAUUACAUAUAUAAGAAGAAAACAAUCCUCAGAAUGUUUCAAUGGUGAAGAACUUGAAAGAAAAAUUUUGAGAUCUUUCUGUCAAUGCACUGAGAUGGAUUACGAAUGUGACUAUGGAUUUAAAAAGGAUGGAAGUCAAUGUAUCAAGGAAGACUGGAUUCAGGCUGGUUCUGCCAAAGCAAAUGAACUUACUGAAUAAUAGCAAGCAAUGUGCAAUGCUAAUGGAUUUUACACAGUCAGCUAAGGUUACAGAAAAGUUCCAGGAAAUAAAUGUAUUGGAGGCAUUGAUCUUAACCCUACAGUCUACUCAUGUUCUCCUGUAGCACUCUUCUCCUUCAGAUCUAUCCUAUACGUCGUAAUUAUCUUCGGCAUUCUAUAUUUUGGUUGGCCUAUAAUUGAGGCUGUUCUUAUUGCGCUUCCAAUCCCUGAUCCAAAAGACAUUAAGGAGAAGAUCAAGUCGUUCUUCAACUCAGCCAUGCAACAAAAGAACAAGUUCCAAUCAAGUUCUUCAACUAAGAAGAGCAAUUAUGCUAAAGGCUUUGGCUAAGCUCCAGAAAGUUUGGGAGAUAGCUCAGAUGAGGAAGAUACAGGUAAAAUCAACAGCGUUCAAAAACUCAGCUAUGAUUCAGAUGAUGACAAGGAUCAUCUUAAGGAUACUGAUCUGAUAUCUCUCGAUGGGCCUACUACUAGAGAUAGAACUGGUACUGCAGCAGAAAAAAUUCCUAAGCUUCAAAAACCGUAAUGA